AUGAAACACAACCAUGGUAAACCAAGUAGGAUCUCGAUGUUGAAGCAAGGUGUGAUUGCUGGUCUCUUCCGAGAAGAAUUACGCAGAAAUGUCAAUCUACAAGCUUCAGCGAUCAAAGAUGCAAUAAAGAUAAGGUAUGACAUUGCUGUACCUAUAUCUAAGUGCUACAGAGGAAGACACAUUGCAUUAGGGACAAUCCUUGAAGCUCAGAGAACUCAAUUUGGGAAGCUAUGGGAUUAUGAAGAAGAGUUGCGUAGAUCAAACCAAGGUAUAAGCACUAAUUUAUGCACAAGAGAGGUUAAUGGUGCUCAAAUAUUUGAUUGCUUCUACAUUUUCUUUAAAGAAUUGUGUACUGCUUGGAAGAGUUGUUCUAGACCUGUUAUCGGACUUGAUGGAUGCUUCUUGAAGUGGGAUUUAAACGGGGAUUUGCUUGCAGCAGUUGGGAGAUAUGUGUAUAACAGGAUGUACCCCAUCGCGUGGGCAGUUGUAAGAGGAGAAAACAAAGAUACUUGGGGAUGGUUUGUGAGAAAGCUGAAGGCAGAUCUCGGCUUGGAAUUGGGGAAGGAUCUAACCAUAAUCUCGGAUAAACAGAAAGAGCUUGUUCAUGAUAUCGAGUUAGAACUUCCUGAGGCAGAACAUCGUAUGUGUGGUAGGCACAUUUAUGCAAAUUGGAAGAAGCUUAGUUUCUCGAGGUCGGAGUAUAAGUCAUUGUUUUGGGGAGUCGCAUACAGCUACACCGAGGGAGAGUACAAAGAGAAGAUGCGUUUGGUAGAAGCAUACGAUGUCGUGGCACACAAGGAGUUACUUAAUACAGACCCACAGCGGUGGUGUAGAGCAUUCUUCAAUGUCGAGUCCCAUUGUCCUGACAUGCACAAUAAUUUAUCUGGAAGUUUCAACAGAACCAUAAAGAUGGCGAGGGCAAAACCAGUGAUCAACAUGAUGGAAGACAUACGCAGACAAUCUAUGAAAAGGAUAUCGAGGCAGUUCUUUAUGGCAGAUAAGUGGAACACCAUUGUAACACCUAUUACAAUGCCUUUGUUGGAGAAAGAAAGAUGUGCAAAAAAACAUUGUUCAACAAUACGCAGCGAUUUCAGCUUGUACGAGGUGAAUGAGUUCGACUGUGGUUACAAGGUGAACUUGACUUCACAUCAGUGUGCUUGCAGGCGAUGGGAUCUCACAGGUAUUCCGUGUAAACUUGAUGUGUGUGUGCUUGAUGACAACAAGGAGGAUCAUGUGAAGUAUAUUGCAGAAUAUUACUACACACACGUGAUGAAAAGAACUUACUCCGACAAUAUCAAACCUGUCAAUGGGGAAAGCCUAUGGAAGAAGACAGACAAGCCGCCUAUUGGGAUAUCAGAGAUAAGAAAACCAAGAGGGAGACCAAGGACACGAGACAGGAAGAAAUAG